CUCAUUUCUCAGGCAUCAACAACACCUUUUCUGAUGGUGGACUGCGUAUCUUUUGUCGUGCAGGUUUUCAGAAUGUUGAUGAGAAAUCUGGAAAAAAAACGAAUUGUAAUGAGCCUUGUGUGUGUAAACCUAAUUCUAACAGACAUACAUGCAUCUGCAUCUUCCCCAUGUUGAUUCGUACAAGGAAGUAUGUAUUGCAGAUGGAAAUAGAAGAUAUCAAUCAGUGCAAUUAUGACCAAACAGAAGUAACAUUAUCAUUCACAUGGAGAACUGACUGCAAACUUCCUCAAAUGCUAAACAUUUCUCCAUCAUCAGAUUGUGCCAUCAACAUCAUGCAGCCAAAUGAUGAAAACUGCCAAAUAAGGCCUCUACAGAAUUGUGUGGAUAAAUGGACUUUUAUAAUGAACAUUGAAGGGACAGAUAAUCAGAUCAGCACUGUUAUUACUAAAAAUAAUAUCACAACUGACCCCCCUGGACCAUUUAGUUUCACGCAUAUUAAACCGUUUUAUCAAAGAGGGACCUCAGAAAGUUAAGCUUAACAACAUCAAAGGCUCAGUCACAUUCCUUCAGAACAUUUCACGCACCUUCAGAAUGGCACUGCCCUCCACCAAUAAUGUCAUGCUUGAGGAGAAAGAUGACAUUUGGUUAGAAAUUCCUAUGGAGGCUUUGCGUGUUUUCCCGGUAGACACGGCAGAUCAAGUUAACCUGGGAGUAUUUUGGUUUGAGGAUGACACCCUGUUCCCGACGAUGGAGAACAACACCAGGCUCCUCAACAACCGAGUGGUCGCCAUCGAAGUGGGCGAGGACAUUUCAAGCCUCAGCAAUUGUAUAAAGAUCAUCUUCCUCUUCCAGAAUGCUUCACUGGUGAACAGAACACUAACAUGUGUGUUCUGGGAUGUUGGAAAUGAUAAUGUUGCACAUUGGAAUUCCUCUGGAUGUGUCACUAAGACAAAGAAAAAUGGAACAUUAUGCUCUUGUAAUCACCUUUCAUUCUAUGCUGUACUUUUGGCUCCGGGCAAUGUGUCUGCUGUCAGUUUCCCAGUUGCCAGCCUGACCUCCUUCUCCGUGUGGUUACUGACAUUGUUGUCCAGGGUGGGCUGUGGAAUAUCCUUCUGUUUCCUGUGUCUGGCUGUCCUCAUCCACCUGAGAAGGGGUAAAUCCAUUGACUCCAUAAACAUCCACAUCAACUUGUGUGUAUCACUGUUGUGCCUCAAUCUGACCUUCCUAAUUAACGACAGCCUGGCCUCGUUGAGCAUCCAUUGGUUGUGUGUUGUCACGGCAGCAGCCACACACUACUCCCUUCUAUGCACCCUCACCUGGUUCUCCCUGGAAGGCUUCCACCUCUACCUGCUUAUCAUCAGGGUCUUCAACAUCCAUUUCCACAGAUACCUUCUUAAACUGGGCCUGGUAGGAUGGGGUAUACCUGGUUUUAUAGUUAUCAUAAUUGCUGCUUGUGGUAAAUAUGGAGAAUAUGUCAUAGAUCUAAAUGAUGGUGGAGUUGUUCAAAUGUGCUGGCUGACAGACUUUGUUCUGACCACAGUGUCCUAUUCAUACUUCGUACUGACAUGUGUGGUGAACGUUCUGUGCUUUGGCUCUGUGACGGUGAAAGUGGUGAGAGCCCACCGCCAGACUCCGGUCCAGAGUGGGAGGAGUAUGAGGGGGGCAGUGCUCAGUCUGCUGGGUUUGGCCUGGCUCCUGGGGAUCUCCUGGGGUGUCCUCUUCUUCCAGUUUGGCCCCUUGACAGAGACAGCCUUCUACAUUUUCUGCACCGUCAACUCUCUCCACGGCCUCUUUCUAUUUCUACGUUACUGGGCCUUAACUCAACCAGACAAAACACCUUUCUCCAUGGAAACCACUGCAGCUUCUUCUUCAAGGAUACAUCCAGCAACAGCCCUCAAACACUGUUAGAGGCCGUUCUAACCCACUGACACGGCUUAAAGCUUGAAAUGGUGGUACUACUGUUUCCUUUGUUUUUUUUACAGAUUUCUUUUUUUGUUCAUUCACACAACUGUUGGCAGUACUGAGCAAAAUUGUAAGCAACAUGUGACAAAUAAUAUUUAUUUAUAUUUUUAAUGGGGCAUUUAACAAUUGCACAACUACUUAAUGUACUAAUUUCUAAUGUUAGCAAUGACACAUUUUUGUCAUAAAACCACAAGAUCUCCUCAACACAAUCUAGAACAUGUGAAUUAGAAUUUCACCAUAGAAUCUACAACCCUGUUUCCAAAAAAGUUGGAAAUGCAGAAAA